CCUGCGCGGCCGCGGAGCCGCCGCUGCCCGCGGGGCCGCCCCCGUCCCCCCGCCCGGGGCGGUGCCGCUGCGGCGCGGGUGGGGCCGCGCGGCGGGAGGCUCCGUGCGCGCCCGCGGAGCCCCGCGGAGCCAUGGCGUACAUCCAGUUGGAACCAAUAAAUGAGGGUCUGCUCGCUCGGAUCUCGGAUCUCUUGCUGUGCCGGUGGACUUGCAGGAAUUGUUGUCAGAAGUGUUUUGACUGUAGCUGUUGCCAAACAAAUGAAGAUGAAGUUGAAAUCCUGGGACCUUUUCCUGCUCAAACUCCAGCCUGGCUGAUAAGCAGCCAAAAUGAGGACAAAGAUGGAGACUCAGAUAAUGCAAUCAGCGAGCUGCCUCCCACUCUUCAGGAUGUUUCCCCUGACAGAAGGCGCUCGUCCUCAGAUACAUCACGGUCCACUUACAGCCUCACGCGGCGGAUUUCAAGUCUGGAGUCGAGGAGGCCAAGUUCUCCACUAAUUGACAUCAAACCCAUCGAGUUUGGAAUAAUAGGGGCUAAGAAAGAAAUAGUUCAGCCAACUAUCCUGCGAAAAACCUACACCCCAGAUGACUAUUUUAGAAAAUUUGAACCAAGGCUGUACUCUCUUGACUCAAAUAGUGAUGACAUGGACUCCUUGACAGAUGAGGAGAUCUUGUCCAAGUACCAGCUGGGCAUGCUGCAUUUUAGCACACAGUAUGAUCUGUUGCAUAAUUAUCUAAUAGUGCGAGUCAUUGAGGCUAAAGAUCUGCCUCCUCCAAUUUCUUACGAUGGUUCAAGGCAAGACAUGGCUCACUCCAACCCCUAUGUGAAGAUCUGCCUUCUUCCUGACCAGAAGAACUCCAAGCAGACCGGAGUGAAGCGCAAAACGCAGAACCCAGUGUUUGAGGAGAGGUACACAUUUGAAAUCCCCUUUUUAGAAGCCCAGAGAAGAACUCUGCUUUUAACUGUAGUGGAUUUUGACAAAUUCUCACGCCAUUGUGUUAUUGGCAAAGUGUCAAUGCCCUUGAGUGAUGUAGACCUUGUGAAAGGUGGACACUGGUGGAAAGCCCUUGUGCCUAGUUCUCAGAAUGAAGUGGAGCUGGGAGAGCUGCUAUUGUCACUGAACUACCUACCAAGUGCAGGAAGACUGAACGUGGACAUCAUUAGAGCAAAACAGCUUCUUCAGACAGACAUGAGCCAAGGUUCAGAUCCCUUUGUGAAAAUUCAGCUUGUUCACGGAUUAAAAUUAACAAAAACCAAGAAGACCUCCUGUAUGCGGGGCACGAUAGAUCCCUUCUACAACGAGUCCUUCAGCUUCAAGGUUCCCCAGGAGGAGCUGGAGAAUGCCAGCCUGGUGUUCACAGUGUACGGGCACAACGUGAAGAGCAGCAACGACUUCAUUGGCAGGAUUGUCAUCGGGCAGUACUCGACGGGAGCCCCCGAGUCCAACCACUGGCGCCGCAUGCUGAGCGCGCACCGCACGGCCGUGGAGCAGUGGCACAGCCUGCGCUCCCGCGAGGACUGCGACCGCGUCUCGCCCGCCUCCCUCGAGGUGACAUGAGCUGGGCGACCACGGCAGCCAGAGCGAGCGGGCGGACGAGAUAGAAACCAAGCCAACGACUGAAGCACCCCACCUCACACCUGCACGCGCCCCACGGCUGCUCCGUGGGAUUCGUGCUGGCCUCAGUGAUCCGUGCGCGUCCCACUGGGCCCAGCUGUGCCCCUGGGGCCGCAGCUCUGGCUGUUCCCAUCCCGGGGCCGGGCGGCUCGGGCUGAGCGUGGCCGUGCCGUGGGAAGCACGGAGUGGGUGGAGGAGCUGGGAGUUGCCUCUGCUGUCCUUCCGGUCCAAAUCCAUGGCUCAUCCUCUCGGAGAUAUAAGUACCCGUGUGCUCUCAUUGGUGAACGUGGUAAUUAGGCUAGAAUAUUUUUUUAAAUGGUAGAACCUGUGGUGAAAUCGAUUCUGACUGCAGUUUUGUCCUUGUAGUAGUUUUAACAGAAUAAAGCUGCUGUUAGCGUGUGCGUUUGUGUGCCGGGGCAGUGUGUGGCCCACGUGGGACAGAGCCCGUGUCCCCUCAGCAGUGACCUGCCAGUCUCAAUAGCAGUCUGUGUGCGUAGUAGAUUCAGUGCUGAUAUAGCAAAAUAAACAUUUCCAAUUGCAUCUGUACUGGGAAAACCAGCUCGCGUCCUUUCAAACAUGUGCUGUGCAAAAAAACACCUGCUCCAGGGACUUUGGUGGUUAAGAAGACUCAGAAAUCACAAUUUUAAUUCUCUCACAGACUGCAGUGGCUCUUUCUGUGUUGUGUGUGUUUACCCAGGUAGUUCUUCAGGUCACCAAGUGAACUUAGCUACAGUCAAGCUGUCCUGUUGGUUGCUUCUGUACAUUUUAUUUUUCCACAGCGUAUUGUCUGGUAUGAUGGAGAUUGUAUAUUUAUUGAAAAUAAAAUUCUAUUUAAUUGUGCCACA